GGCCUGGUUACAGCAGCAUAAGAGGCUCGCGUGCAGCGUCGCCGGCCCGAAACGGGGUGGGGCGGCUGCCAGCCUCCUUCCCCUUCUCUGCGCCCGAAAACCGUCGAGCCGCUUCGCCCGCCCGCCCGCCCGUCCGGGAAAGGGCCGGUCCCUCCCUCCGGGGCCUUCGGGGCCAUGCGGCGCUGCGCCCUGCUGGCGUCCUUCGCGCUGGGCUAUGUGGGCUACCUGCUGCUGGGCGCGCUGGUCAUCUCGGCCGUGGAGCGGCCCUACGAGAGCCGGCUUCGGGCCGAGCUGCGAGCGCUCAAGGCCGCCUUCCUGCAGGAGAGCCCGUGCCUGCCCGAGGCCACCCUCGAGCGCUUCCUGGGCGCCGUCCUGAGCGCCAACCGCCACGGCGUGGCUCUCCUGCGCAACGGCUCGGCCGCCCCGUCCAACUGGGACUUCGCUUCCGCCUUCUUCUUCUCCAGCACCUUAAUCACCACCGUCGGCUAUGGCUACACCACGCCACUCUCGGACGCGGGCAAGGCCUUCUGCAUCUUCUAUGCGCUCCUGGGUGUCCCCUUCACCAUGCUGAUGCUCACGGCAACUGUGCAGCGCCUUGUCGGCAUCUUCACCUCUGGGCCCCUGGAGUACCUGACGGUGCGUUGGGGGUACAACCAGCGGGCCCUGUCCUGUGGACACCUCUUGCUGCUGGCUGUGGUGGUGCUGGCCGCCUUCUUCCUGGUGCCUGCAGCAAUCUUCAGUGCCAUGGAGGAGUCCUGGAGCUUCCUGGAUGCCUUUUACUUCUGCUUCAUCUCCCUCUGCACCAUUGGCCUUGGGGACUACGUCCCUGGAGAGCAGCCAGGGCAGCGGCUGCGCUCCCUCUACAAGGUCUCCAUCACGGUUUACCUCCUCCUGGGUUUGAUGGCAAUGCUUCUCUUGCUCCAAACCUUCCACAAACUGGCGGACUUGCAUGGCCUCUCUGACCUGGUCUUGCUCCCCCACGAGCUGGCCCAAGAAGAGGACCAUGAGCGCAUCCUAGAGGAGGAGGAGCAGGGCCCUCCCUCGGAGCCAAGCCAGAUGGAGAAGGCCCCGGUGCAGCCCAGCUCUGGAGGGCAGGCCAACUACUCCUCCAUCAACAGAUAGCCACAGAGGGGCCAGGCGGGAGCCUCAAAGGACAACUGGCUGGCCUGAAAACAUCCUGUGCCUGCUCUGCUUUUUCACCGACCCUGCGGCCUUCCGGUGAAGAAAUCCCAGAGAGCAUCUGCAGCCCCUUACCUGGGGGGUUAUCUUUUUACUCUCCGCCACCCACCCACGAUUUCCCCAGCCUUUCUUCCAUUCUUACCAUCCCUGCGCAUGUGUAGCAAGCACAGACGAUAGACUGCAAGCCAGUCUCCCUCCCUCCCUCCCUCCCAGGGGCAGGUGGGUGGGGAAAGGGCCAUGCCUGGGACAAGGAGCUGAACCAAAUCCGGUUCUGUGGCCUGGACAUGUCUGCAGGGAUGUCACUGGGUGCUGGUGCCUGUGGGCUGUCAGAUUUAUCUUCGCAGAUAUAAAGGGUAGUAAUUUUAUUUAAAAAGGAACCAAAAAUGAAGCUUGAACUUGCAGGCACCGAAUUCCACAUGAGGAUACCAGAUUCUGCAACUGUGGAACACUGCAUCCUCCUGCCCCCAAGGGCCAGGCUCUCUGCAAAGCCACCCCUACUGAUUAGGGGCAGGCACUUUGGUUUCGCCAUGGAGGAGGUUCAUGAAGACCCUGUUGCAAAGCUGGCUGCUGUGGGGGGAAGGAGGGUUGCUUUCCACCCCCACCCUCUUCUUUGGUCUUGCGUAUCGCCGCCUUGGUUUAAUUUAACACAGCUACAAAAGUGGGCUUUAACAUUACAGAAAAGUAUUUCCAACGGUGAUCAGCUUUGCAAGAGUUGAGCUGUUGCAACCACAGUCCUGCUGCUCAGAGGGGAUCAGCCACAAUGCCACAGUGAAGACUUGAACUGAAAGGGAGCAGACCAAAAGCAUGGUGGGGUGGGGGGUGGGGAGGUGGAAAUCAACGGUUUGCCCUUGACAAUACAAAGUGCCUUUUUUUGCUUUUAAUGUAUACUUUAAUACUGUGUGGAAUGGGAAAUACUGUAUUUAAGCGGCUGGCCUGGUUUCUGCAUUUUCUGGGGCAGUCAGCGGAGGGAGAACAGACAGGCUGAGUUGAGAACAGGAGGCUGUACGGGGGGAGGAGAGAACUGUGCCCCCUGAGCCCUUCUGCGGAGGGACUGCCCUCUUCCCCUCCAGCACACCUUGCCCUCACCGCCAGCCCCUGGACACUCACACCGGCUCCUUUUAUAGAAAACUUUUAUUGUUCCAGUAACUUUAGUGAGGUGGGGGCACGGAGGAGGGAGGAGGCAAGUGGAGCUGGCCCUCAUUGCCACUGGGAAGCCUGGAGGAGUAGCGGGGAGGGGCACGCGGCUGAAGUUCCCACCCCAGUACGGCCUUGGCUUGCAGCCCUAAUUAAGGUCACCUGCUUUCUUUGGCAAACACACUGAGGUGCCCAACGUGGCACCAGAUUCUGUGCCAGGAGGACGCUGGGCGCCAGGGCCGGUGCAAGGCAUCAAAAAGCCAGAGAAAGGAAUUAAAGAGAGUCUCUGGCAGAGCGUGAGGAGAGGGGUGUGUGUAAGAGUGGGCAUGAGCCCUUGCACAGAGGGGGUAGUGGCCCCCUCCCCCACAGGGCCAAAACAGGCUGUGGAGGAAAGUGGCUGGACUUUGCAAAAGGUCUUCCAGUGGCAGAAGGGGGAGGGGAAGGCUCUGUUUGGUGGCCGAGGGCAAGCCUCAAAUUUAGCUUCCCAGGGAUCUACCACUUUUGCAUAUGAUGGGGGCUGAACCAUAUUUUUGGAUUUCUCCCCUCCCCUCCCCUCCCCCUGGUUCUUGGCUGGUUAGGGGGUAUAGUUGGUCCAAACACUCCCACAAAUGCCCUGGGAGCGGAUGAGACCCCCCCCCCAGCCUAGGUGCAUUUCCAGGCCACCUCUGGGGGUGUUACGGGGGGUGGUUCUCAGGGGCUUCUGUUUGCUGGUGGGGUGAGAACCAAGACAGAGUGGGGGGGAUUUUGUUCUGUGUUGCCCCCUUCAUCCUAACAGCCCCUCCCACGGUCCCAGACUAUACAGGUAAUAAAUACUUCCCCAGCCGCUCCUGCUCAGGCUCGACUGCGGGGGGCAGGAACACAGCGGGGGGGCUGCCCAGCAGGCAUUGUGCCACGUGGGCACAAGCAGCGGUAGGAGCCCUCCAUGUUGAGGCAGCGCCCGCCUGGGCAAAGCCCCUCCGUCUCGCCACAUUCGUCGAUAUCUGUGGGACGUAGAGAGGCAAAGAUGUCAGAGCAAAAGGGGGUUGGGCUGGGGCGGGACAAGGGGGUUCAGCCACACCAGCCAAACCAUCGCUUGGGUGAUAAGGCGGGUGCAAAGGGCAGGGGAGCAGUCGCUUUCCAGAGGAGGCGGCUUCAUGCUAGGUGGGGUCAAAGGUGAAGACCAGGUCGGGAAGGUCAAGGUCAGGGUUCCAACUCUUACCAAGGCAGGCCAUACGGGCUGGGUCAAGGCGGUACCCUUCGUGGCAGUGACAAGUGAAGCCGUCAGCAACACGGACGCAGCGCCCGUUCUCACAGCCGCUCAGGAUCCCACACUCCUCCGCCAGGAACCCUCCAAAGCCCUCAGAACGGCCUGGGGGGGCAGAUGUAGGGGGGCUUUAGCAAAUGGAAACCCAGCUGAGUCCAGCCCACUUUCCCACCAGGCUCUGGACAUAUCCAGCCUGUAGCCAUCCCAGAGCCACUCCACAGAACCUCUUGCCUGUGAUCCGGAGUGCCCUGACCCUGCCACUCAUCGACUGAUGCUGGGGCUCCCCUCCUCUGUGCAUGCAUGUGCACAUGCACCCCCCUCCUGCCUGCACUCACUGUAGUCUUCACUGGCCCUUCCUGGCCGCUCCAGGUAGGAAGGCACAUUGCUCCUGCUCCUGCUGCUGCUUGAUGGGUGGUGCCAUUCUGGCUCGGGGGGGCUGCGGGGCCGGUAGCUCCCCCGGGGAGGCUCAGCUGGGCCCUCAUGCCGCAUAUUGCUGUAGGGCAGGUCCUCGAAGUCGGUGAACUCGUAGGGUGAUGGGCCGUAGAGCGAGUCACGGGGGAAAAGGUCGUAGUCAGGAACACGGGGGGGGGCAGGGCGAGGUGGCGGGGCAAAGAUCUCUGGGCUGUAGGGCAGGAACUCCCCCCCACCAUACUCGAAGGGCAGACCCACACUUCCCGGACGCACCGCCGGCCCAUAGCUGGGGGGCCGAAGGAUAUUGCACAGGGCCUCAAAGUCAUCUGGGGAGGGAAAGACAGCGUGAGUGAGGGGUCACAGGGUCUCUUCUCCCCCACUCUCACCAAGACUAUGCAGGAGCUCUGCCGAGGGUGGGGGUUCAGGUGUGGAGUUUGCAAUAAUCACAGGUAACAA